AUGGCAGAACCAGAAGCCGAGAAGCCCAAAUUCGACCUGUCCCACAACAAAGCCAACGUCAUGCUGCGAAAGGCCGCCGAGGGCAAAUACGGCAUCGCUGGCGUCUGCGUCUACAACCUCGAAGGCAUCCUCGCCACCGUCCGCGCCGCCACCGCCAAACGCUCCCCGGCCAUGCUCCUCCUCUUCCCCUGGGCGCAAACCUACUCGGGCGCCCUCCUCGCCCAAGCCGCCGCCGCCGCCGCCCGCGCCGCCCCGGUCCCCAUCACCCUGCACCUGGACCACGCGCAGUCCGCCGCCGCCGUCCACGCCGCCGCCGACACCGCCUGCUACGACUCCAUCAUGCUCGACAUGAGCCACUACGACAAAGCGGAGAACCUGGCCCGGACGGCGGACCUGGUGCGCUACUGCCACGCCAGGGGCAUCGCGUGCGAGGCCGAACCGGGCCGCAUCAUGGGCGGCGAGGAUGGCGUGGCGGAUACGGUCGAUCUGGAGGCCGUCAUGACGAGUGCGGCCGAGGCGAGGCGGUUCGUCGACACGGGUAUCGAUUGGCUCGCGCCGGCGUUUGGGAACGUGCACGGCAGUUACGGCCGUAGGGGGAUCCGGCUCGAGUAUGAACGCUUGCGGGCGGUGAGGGAGGCCGUGGGGGGGGAGGUCAGGUUGGUGCUGCAUGGUACGGACGGGUUCGAUGGCGGGAUCUAUAAGGAGUGCGUUGAGGCGGGGAUCACGAAGGUGAAUAUCAAUGGCGUGUUGAAUCGGCGCUAUUUGGAGGUGCAGCGGGAGGGGGGGUUGGGGGUCAGUGAGACGAUGGAGAGGGGGACGAGGGUCAUGCAGGAGGCGAUUGAGGAGUGUAUGGAUAUGUUGGGGAGUACGGGGAAGGCGUAG